AUGUCCUAUUUCAUGUCCCCACAAACUCAUCGAGGUCUUCUGUCCUCCGGCCAAGGUGAGACUGCUUCUAGAGGCUCAUCUCUUGGUCCCUAUAGUCCUGUAGAGCCAGUGGUGGUGGCCUCUGGUGGACGAGGCCAACUGAACCAGAAAACUGAGCAGGUGGUACCUGGUGUCCAGGCCUGGGGCUCAACUCUGGCAGUGCCGGGCUGCCCCGGGGGCCCUAGCUGGGAGACACUACGACAGAAGGAGUACGGCCGAUACUGCCACAAGUUCCCCCCUGUGAAGCAGCCGGAGAGCUUGGGCUGGGAGGAUGGCUGCUCCAGAAGCAGAGCUCCCCACCUGGGUGGCUCCAGCAGGCCUGGGCCCCUCCUACUUUGUGGGCUAUCACCAGGAGUUGUGCCAAAGCCCUCUGAGGCAGGGGGAAAGGAGGCCGGCUCCCAGCCUGACAUCUGCAUCCUUACCCUGGCCAUGAUGAUUGCUGGCAUCCCUACCGUGCCGGUCCCAGGCCUGCGGGAAGAGGACCUAAUCCGGGCAGCUCAAGCUUUCAUGAUGGCCCAUCCAGAGCCAGAGGGGGCGGUGGAGGGGGUGCAGUGGGGGCAGGUGCAUGCCCAGACAGCCUCUGGGCACAUGCCCCUAGUGAGAUCCAGGAGAGGCCAGCCUCCUGGCUCCUGCUUGUAG